AUGUUAGACCCCGACGUCGAUCCUGGACCAAGUAGUCUGCUCGUUCAUGCCUCUGUACGACGAAGCGCCAGCCCAUCUACUUCCAAUCUACUUCCUCCACCUUCAAAACGACAAAAGACGACUGCUACCACCGAUCCCGUGGCCGCUCACAGUCCAACCGCCCAGGGCAAACGAGCAAAGGGCCGUAAGAAGCUCUUGGAACACACCAUUGACAUUUCCACCACCAUUUCGACCUCGUACAUGCCUUUGGAUCCAGCCGCAGUCCCCGCAAGCAGAUCGGAAAAGCCUUCGCCGACAAAGGAUUCGCAGGCAGACGGCUCGAUUCGUUGCAUUUGUGGGACACAUUGGGACGACGGUCAAAUGGUCCAAUGCGACGACUGUCAGACGUGGCAACACACAAAGUGCUACCGCGUCGACUUUGAGCGGCUGAAAAAGGACAGCGAGGCGCUCUGGGUAUGCGUCGUGUGUGAUGAAGCCAAAUGGAGCCACGCGACGCUCGAUUCAGAGUGGGCGAAUCGAAUGCAAAAGAGCGAAGAAGAGCGCGAACGCUUGGCUGCACUCGCAAAGCAGGUCGAGUCGGCGGCAGGAAGAGGGAAUGGACAUUCGCGACGAGGUCGUGGUACUGGGCGCCGACCGAAUAACAUUUCGCUCGACAUUUCUUCUGCCCUUGCUGGUCGCAACAUCGUGCAAGAGUCGGAUGAGGAGACGGUGGACGAGCCAGAGACGUGGAGAAAGGUGUACGUGAGCAUUGAGCAUAAUAUUGGAGAUGAGAGUUCUGCUCCGCACAUUCGCUCCUUUCUCCAGACGUAUGGCCCAAAGUCGCAGUUUGUCGCCAAGUCUGUCCAGCGGCACUAUGGAUGGGCCACUCCUGAUCCAAAGGGCAAAGGCAAGGCGAUUGAGAUUGGUGACUAUGAUUAUCUCGAUCGCUCGAUGCCCAUCAUCGUCUCGGACCGUGAGCUACGAGCGGCAGAAGACGAGGCUUGGGUCACUGUCCGUGCCAAAUAUUCUGGUCCUCUUCCCACCCAACCAGCGCGAUCAAGCAAGUCCCCUGCUCCGCGUCCAUCCACUUCAAAUGCAGCGGCGACAUUGGCCCCUCCGCCCCCUGCACUCGAGUCCGUACAGCCGGCUACGAGCUGGUCGUAUGCAAACGUCUUUCAACGGGCGACUGGACAAACCAAUCCCGUUCCGAAACCCCCAAAUCCCGUUCUCACUACCACUGCACAAUCAACGCCACAGCGACCCGGUCGCACCUCUACUUCGCCUGCUCCCGAUGCAAGAAGAGGUGCUGCAUCUCCUAUCACAGUUCGCGGCGCCAAAGGUGCCGACGAUGGAGCCCCAAAGGUGCAGGAUCGCGUGCCGACUCAGGACCCCUAUGUCGCCCAAGAAUACUCCCUCCAUGCAUCUCAACCUAUUCCUCCCCGCACGCUUAUUGCCCUUUAUCCAGCGAGUCUAUCCUCACAUGCAUCAUACCUCAAGACUUCUUCUAAUCAGUACCUCCGCCUAGGCACGCCUAAGCCACACGUUAGGAUGAUGCCGCCCCCUCUUCCCCUCAUCCUCGACUCUCGAGUUCUUGGUGGGAUCGGUCGCUUUGCGAGAAGCGGCUGCUGGCCCAACAGUGUCCUUCGCAGCGUCGUCCUCAAGGGUCGACAGGACAAGAGUUUAAAGAGCCACGUAGGAGAUCCGAGUGAGAUUGUUUUUGGCAUCUUUAGCUUGCGCGAGCUUCAAGAGGGAGAGGAAGUUGUACUCGGUUGGCAGUGGGACGACGCCCAUCGCCUUCAUCGUCUUCCUCGGCUCUUGCUCGAAGAAGCGCGUCAGACUUUGCAGGGCACAAAUGACGAGACCAAGGACUUUGAACGCAAAUAUUUUUCCAAACUCUCCUUCUCGCUACAAGAGGCGUUUGGAGGGUGUGCUUGUCAAGAUGAUCCGACACUCAAUGGAGAAGCGCCCCUGAGCGGAUCAUCACCUCGCAGACGGUGUGCCCUCAAGACGCUCUCCGAGUGGGUGGAACGUCAGAAGCAGCGAGAGAUUGCCGCAAAAGAAAUGGCAAUGGACAAGGACGAUAGUGAGCGAACGGAACCAGACGACACGAUUCCACCUCAGGCUCCGGAUCCCGCCCGCAAAGUCAUCAAGCCCUCUAUUGCCCAUCUUUCGAACCCGGUCACUACUCCUCAUGCGGUCACUUCGCAUCCCUCGCUCUCUGCGCCGACUCACACUUCGAGUCCGAUGCCUCAAUCCUCAUCUCGUGGUGCUUUGGCGUUCAUCACGGGACCAGCGUUUUCCCCAAACGAUCCCUUAUCGAGACCGAGCGCACCCCCCGAAUCCGGUCCCCGUGUUGCGAUCAUCCACCCAACUCCUCAACCUCCUUUGAUGCAACCUGCGCCACCGUUGGUCGCACCUACACCACGACAUUCCCAAGUCAGCAUGCUAUGGGAGCCUACUCGUCUACCCGCAUCCACCCCUCGUUCCUCGGGUCCUGUCUCCAUGGCCGCUCUCAUUCACGAGAGCGACACGCACCCACUCUCUCGACCAUCCUCUCGUCAAAUGUCGACACCUCGUUCAUCGAAUCAACUCAAGGUACCCGUCCCACAGCACCGCGGCGCGACUCCGCUCAGUGCAUCGCAAGAACUUUUCCAACUGUGGGGCCGAAACGUCACUGCUGGUGCUCUCACAGCGAGGUCAGACGAUACGGAUGAAGAUAUUCUCGUUCGUGCGCUAGAUAUUACACUUGGUCCGCUCAUUGGAGCCAAACGAGGUGUGCGUAUUGAAGAUGUCGAACAUGGUGGUCUUGGUAUGGCCAAACCUGUCGCUGGCUAUGGACGCGUCUCCUCUAGUUUGCCAAAGGCGGCCAAGCGGAAAAGGCAAGAUGUGGAAGAUGGCGAAGAUGGCGAAGAUGGCGACCUGCCCUUGCAGAAGAGACGAAAGCAAGAUGUCUCCCUUCCGCCUCGUCUCCGGUCAAAGCAGAAGAGGAAGCGACAUGUGCCUCGCCUUUCAAAUGGGAUGGACGUUGACGGGGAGCGAAUCGCUACGGACAGUUACGAGUUUACAUUUAGGGUCCCGACGUCGCUUUCUGCGCACGAGAUGGAGGCUCCGAAUCCUGACGAUAUUCGAGAGAGUAUCAUGAGGGUUCUGGAGGAGCAAGGAAUGUCUAUUGAUGUCCUCAAUGAGGCACCCUCGACACCGCCUCCUGAAGCCUCCUCUGCUCACCAGGAGACACGGCUGACUGAAGUCGAGGCGUCGACUCCAGUACCUCCAAUCGCUCCUCGUUCUCCUACUCCACCCACCCAGCAGCCAGUUGUCCUAACCCCAAAGGACGAGACCCCGCCUGAGGUUGCCCAUGAGGUUGCUACUGAGAACAUCGCCUCUCCGGAAGGAUCUCCUGCCAAGAUGCAGGUCGAUUCGACUCCGGAGCCACCAACGGUUAACGAGGAAAAUGAGAUGCAAGAUGAGCAUCAAGUCGUUCAAACGCUCACGAAAGUAUCUUCAUUUGAACAGUCGGUGACGGCCGAGCCAGCGGACGAGACUGCACGGGCCAUACCGAACGAAGUGCCACAAUCAUCGAAUCGACCUAUCACACCCAUCCCAAUGAUCAUGCCGGUCGUCGAUUCGCAUCGACAUUGGCAUUCUCCUGCACCGAGCUCUGUGCCAGAGGAUCAUGUUCUCUUGCCAACCGAAGAGCCAACCGUGCCAGAGUCCCGGUCGCCAACAGCGUCUGACAUUGAAACUGCGCCUCCUCCAGAGAGCAUGUCACCGCCGCCCGCCAUUGUCGUCGGUCGUAGGUUGGUCACACCGGAUAGCGAUCGGGAACAAACACCGGUGGUGGUGGCGGCCUCAAGGGACCAGGAUAACUCGUCUGAGCUCAGCGGAGAUCCCGAUGACUAUGCCGAGAAUCAAGAUGAUGAGGACGAGAGAAAGUCCGAAGGGAGCGAGGAGGAAGAAGACGGGAGUGAGAAUGGGAACGAUGAAGAAGAUGAGGAGAGCUCUGACUUUGAUACCAAACAAACGUUUGACGACUCGGGCUCGCUUACACCAGCACCUUCUCCGACUCCCUUGCCUACUUCUGUUCAGGCUCUACCCGAAGUAGCGCAGCCGUCAACACCUCCACCUCACCAAAUCGCACUCCCUGCCUUUGAAUCGUCUUUGACUUCGUCCUCGAUAGUCGCGACACAAGCCGAGCUCGUUCAAAAGGAGGACGAUAGGGCCUUACAGGAACCGUCCAUCGCGUCUGCGCCGCCCAAGGAGGCUCCCGCCCUCUCAACUGUUCCCGAACAUGUUCUCCAUCAGAGCAACACACCGCAAAGCUCUCCAGGUCCCGAGGAUAUACCGCCUCCUGGUUCUUCUGCAGAUCAGCCACCUAGUGAUAAGCCACAACAGACGCAUAUUCGUCGUAUGACGCUCAAGGAUUAUGCUCGAAAACGAAAACUGGCUGCCGUCUCACCUCUGCCUCCAUCAGGACCUGUUGCGACGGGCUAUUUUGCCAAAAUGUCGUCUCCUGGACCCGCACCCGCGCCGACGGCUACAGAACCUGUUCCGACUGAAGAGCCAGUGACACCGCUUACGGCUGCAUUACCCCGGAGAGACGAUGCAACUCCUCUAAGAGUGGAUUUAUCCCCUUUUCCCGACCCGAUAUCGUUGAAGCGUGAGCAAUCGAUCGAGCCUCUUUCUCUUACAUCCUCUCAGCAAGCCGCAGUCUCCUCUCCGACGGUCGCCAACCCACCACGCCCACUACCAGUAUCUCACCCUAUUUCUAGACAGUUGGAUACUGAUCGCUCUCUGUUACCAUCACCUUUUCCAAUAUCAAGUCUGGACAGGGAGACUUCACCAGUGAGCGUCAGGACGGUCUCGAGUCCUCCGCGCCACCUACCCACUGUCAGUUCACCACGUGCUACUUCGCCAGCAGACCUGAACGCCAUCAAGAUGAUGGAGGACGGAGAGAUUGAAGCGUCGACGACGCCUUCGCCCUCGAGAACGCCCGCUCCUUCCUUUGGUGGAUCUCUCCCCACUCGAAGAUCCACAUCGCCGAUGCGGUCUUCAUCGUUUGCGGAUGGCAAGGCCUCUCAGGCGCCAAAUCAACCACGGUCAAUGGGUCCACGCGCGAAUGGGGCGCCCUCUCAUGCCUUUCCAUUCAAUAGUCAACCCAGUCGUUCGUCUACCAACGGCACCCCGUCACGUCCUCCACCUCCUAGAAGUGAUCGACCCCCACCGUCUGGCCCGCGUGCUCUCCGAGGCCUCGACGGGCGUGGACCACCUCCUCGACACUCUGACCGGCCUCCCGACAAGCCAGCACGCGCCUGGGACAGAGAUCGAGAUCGAAGCGAUAUGGACCGCGAUCGUGAUCGUGACCGGGACCACCGACUGUGGAGACCGCGGGGUGGAUAUCCAAGGGGUUAA